CGAAGGAGAGGCUCCGGGCGAGCGGGCGGCCAUUUUGUGAGCGAACGUCGCCGUUAGAUCAGCUGCUGCUGCUGCUGCUGCCUCUGCUUCUCCUCUGUCCCGCCGCGUCCGCUCUGCCUGCCUUCCUCGCCGGCUGCUUGCCUCCCUCCCUCCCUCCCUCUCUUCUCUCUCUCUUUCUCGGCCCCCGCUUCCUCUCGCUGCUGAACCUGAGGGAGCCCCGGGCCAACGCAGCCGCCGCCUUUUCCCCCCGAGCAGCGCCCAGCCACAGAAUCGCAUGUCCACUAUCCAGAACCUCCAAUCCUUCGACCCCUUUGCUGAUGCAACUAAGGGUGACGACUUACUCCCGGCAGGGACUGAAGACUACAUUCAUAUAAGGAUCCAGCAACGAAACGGCAGAAAGACACUAACUACUGUUCAGGGAAUUGCAGAUGACUAUGACAAAAAGAAGCUUGUGAAAGCCUUCAAAAAGAAAUUUGCCUGUAAUGGUACUGUGAUUGAGCAUCCUGAAUACGGGGAAGUGAUCCAGUUGCAAGGAGACCAGAGGAAGAACAUUUGCCAAUUCCUCCUAGAGGUUCUAACUGCUGCGGGCUUACUGCCAUCUCCUUCUCUUCUGCAGGUUGGCAUUGUCAAGGAGGAGCAGCUGAAAGUUCAUGGCUUCUAAAAUGUGUGUGUUUACAUGAAGAACUUCUGCAGGUUUUGUUCUUACCCAAGCUGGCUACUCUGUGAAAAAUGAUUCUUUGCAGUCGAUGGACUUCCCAUUCAAAAUCUUAUUUGCUUUUGCAUGACUACAGAAAACAUAUGGAGUGUAGGCUAGAAACACAUAAGAAAACUGCAGUAAGAUGGUAACACGAGAUCCUCGAGAAUUUUAACACAUUUCCAAUGGAAAUGUUCUACUGCUGAUAGUUCAGUGUUUUACUUUUCACCUGAUUUAAAUGUUGUAUUAAAACCAUGUGUGUUGCAGCUUAAAUAAAAACGUCUCUUAUCUUAAAACUC